AUGAAGUGGAGCGUCCGCGGAGCCUGCGCCGCGCUCUCCUCCGGCCUUCUGCUCGCCUGCGCGCUCAGCGCCGCCGCCGUGGGGCUCAAGUGCUUCUCUCUGGGCUCCGAGCUCCGCGGGGAGCCCUUCCGCCUGGGCACCGCCGCCGGCGCCUUCUACUCGGGGCUGCUGCUGGCCGCCGGCCUGUCUCUGCUCGGCUCCGCCCUGCUCUGCUGCCGGCCCAGGGACGAGAGCCCCGCGGGGGCGGUGCCGGGCGCCGGGGCCGGGUCCGGGGCUGUGCCGGGCGCGCUAGGGGGCCCGGAGGCCGAGCCCGAGAGCGGAGCGGCGGAAGCCCGGGCUGCUGCCGCGAUCCCCGGCAGCCAGAACUUCCUCCUGCUCGGAGUCUUGGUCUUUAUGCUCGGGGUCUUGAGCGCCUUCGCCGGAGCUGUGAUCGACGGCGACACCGUGUCCCUGGUGGAGCGUAAAUACUCGCACUACUGUGUGAAGCCGCGGGCCCUCGCCCCCGCUCCGGCCCCGGCCCCCGCGCGAGCCCGCAGCCCUUUGGACAGCUCCGAGAAUGCCCCGGCGGCAGCACUGGCCCCGGCUCCGGCCCCGGCCCCGGCCCUGGCCCCGGCCCCCGCUCGUAUCCGCAGCACCCUGGACAGCUCCGCGUCGGCCCAAUGUGAGAAGCUGAAGGACUACCAGCGCGGCCUCGUCAUCUCCACGGUCUUCAACUCUCUCGAAUGCCUGCUGGGCUUAGUCAACCUGCUCCUCGUCAAGAACUACAAGUCGUCGCAGGCGCGACGGGGGCGGCGGGGCCGGCGGAGGGGCGGCCGGGGCGGGCGGCCCCGCGGUGGCCCGGGCUCCCGCCAACACGCGCCCGCGUCCCGGCAGCAGCGGCGGGGCCGGCGAGGCAAGCGCGGCGGGAGGCGGCUGCUGCAGCGGCCCAGCGAAGGCUCCCUCUUCUCCCCGGACGAGGCCGACCUCCCCUCCCCGGGCCUCAGCGGCGGCGGCUGCAGCGGCGGCUGCAGCGGCGGCCCCUUUCCCGGGGCGCGCCACGCCGUCUCCUACAUCAACGUGGGCGUCUUCCACGCGUUCGACGAAGCGGGAGUGGAGGUGCGCUGCGGGGGACACCCCUCGGUGGAGCUGCCCGGCUACUCGCCCUCAGACCCGGAGCUCCAAGUCUCCUACCCCUACUGCUGCCGGCCUCCCCACGAGGACGUCUAUCCCCGGGAACCGGGGAGGGUCAGCUGA